GUUCAGUGCCGUAGGUUUCAUUUUCACCUCCGCUUAUUUUAAAACCUCUCUCAUAGUCUCAUAUCCCAAGUUUCAAAUUUCAAACACUCAACUUCAGAGGAUUCAAAGAUUCAAUUCACCCACAAGAAGCAAACGUAGUAAUCAGAACCUUCUAGCGAAUAUCAAUCUCUUUGGUUCUUGUAUUUCUCACAUCGAUCAAAGAAGACAAUGAAUCAAACCUCGCACCAACCAAACAAGUCCGACUCCGAACUCCACUCCACCGACUACGCCCCGUACCCGAAGCUCGAUCCAAACGACGUGGCUCCCCCGCCGGAGAAUUGGACCAGCGUCCCCGUCGAAUCGCCGCCGACGCAGCAGCCACAACAUAUUCCGAGCAAUCCGGGUGCUCCGCCUCACGAAGCCGCUGCUCCGAUCGCCGGAAACGCUGCCACCACCAUGCCGGCGGACUCUAACCCUUACGUCUCUCCGGCUCCGGUGCCGACGUCUUCCGCGAAACUCAAGAUGGAGUCGGUGAAGGAUGCGCUUGGGAAGUGGGGGAAGGCGGCGGCAGAGGCGACCAAAAAGGCUGAGGAUCUUGCAGGAAAUAUGUGGCAACACUUGAAAACGGGCCCCAGUUUUGCUGAUGCUGCUGUUGGAAGGAUUGCUCAGGGAACGAAAAUUCUUGCAGAAGGUGGUUAUGAGAAAGUCUUUCGACAAACAUUUGAGACUGUUCCUGAGGAGAAUCUUAUGAACUCAUAUGCUUGCUACUUGUCCACAUCUGCUGGUCCAGUUAUGGGAACUCUAUACUUGUCAACCGCAAAGCUUGCUUUUUGUAGUGACAACCCUCUCUCGUACAAAGUUGGUGAUCAAACUCAAUGGAGUUAUUACAAGGUGGUCAUACCAUUGCAUCAGCUGAAAGCAGUUAAUCCUUCGACAAGCAAAGUGAACUCUGCCGAGAAGUAUAUCCAGAUUAUCUCUGUUGACAAUCACGAGUUUUGGUUUAUGGGCUUUGUAAGCUAUGUCAAUGCCGUCAAAACUUUACAAGGUGCAGCAUCGCAAGCCCACGGCUUCUAAUCUGCAUGGACUGAAGUUUAGCAUUUUGAGCGUUGCGUCGUAACGCAUACAAGUUGAUGUAGAUAAAAUACCUAUGAGGACAAUAAUAUUGUGAUGUAUGCUCUAGCUUGAAGGUUCUUCUUAACAUGGUGCUUGUGUGUUUUUGCCCUGGUAUAUCUGGUAUGUCAGAGAGUGACUGUUGAUUCAAAUAUUUGUUUUUUGAUGUCUUUGUAAUUUCACACAUUAUUUCUACAUAAGCAUUGACGUUGGUAAAGAUUAUUUUAUUAUUGUGGUCUCUCUUCCUAAA